AUGCAGAAUAACGACAUUUCGAUAAUUUGGGCAAGCUUUCUCAUGAAAAUCGUAGGCCUGUGGCUAGCGACGAAUCGAAAUGAGCAACGUCGCAGAGAUUUCGCGCUGAUCUACACGGUCGGAGCGCUUUUCAUCAGUAUAUGCAUCGCGAUCAGAGAUAUCUAUCAUACUUGGGGAAAUUUUGGCGAUAGCGUUUUUAUCUGUUGCAAUAUUUUAUACGUGACGAUCGUUUUCCUAAAGAUCGGCGUAAUAUACAAGCACAAAAUGGAGUUCUUUAAUUUAAUUACGUUCACACAGAAAAAUUUCUGGCGUCCGUAUCACGAUCCACAAGAAAUACUAGUUGUAGCUGAUUGCAAACGAAUAUGCAACAUUUUCAUUAUUCUUAUGAUCUUUUGUACUCAAGGCACUUGUGCCGGUUACAUGGUGACACCACUUAUAGCAAAUAUAGGAAGAAACGAAUCUGACAGAAUGCUACCGUUCAACUUGUGGGUCGACUUUCCUGUAGGAAUUUCGCCUUACUUUGAAAUACUAUUUACUAUACAGAUACUCUGUGUAUACCAUGUUGGUGUGUGUUACAUUUGUUUCGACAAUUUGUUAUGCAUCGUUAAUCUUCACGUGGCCAGCCAAUUUCGCAUAUUACAGCAUAGGCUGAGAAGCAUAGAUAACGCGACGAAGGAUCAGAUAGAAGAAUACGAUUCGGAUGCAAAAUUAUCGUAUUAUUCAAAUAUGUGUUACAGAAAGUUGAAAGAUUGCGUACAACAGCAUCAAAUGCUUAUCGAAUAUUGCAAAAAGUUGGAAGAUAUAUUUACGUUGAUCGUGCUUGCCCAGGUAAUGUUUCUUGCCAUGGUAAUAUGCCUCGUGGGAUUUCAACUACUUCUGGCGGACACACCUACCUCAAAAAAGGCCAGUUUAGUAUUGAAUUUGUGUGGCGUUCUGUGUCAACUAUUAAUGUUCACGUAUAGUUGCGAUGAUUUGAUGCGACAAAGUGUCAACGUCGGCAACGCGACAUUCUCAGGACCAUGGCCAAUCCUUCCAAUGAACGAGGCUGGUGCCACUGUGCGAAAAAAUUUGCUAAUUAUCAUCAUGCGAUCGCACAAGAUUUGCUGUAUAACAGCUGGAAAAUUUUUUCCUGUUUCUCUGCAGACGUUUACCGGGGUUCUCAGUACGGCAAUGUCAUAUUUCACUCUGCUAAGGAAUACAUCUCUGGAUGGCUCGUUCGAUUCGAAGGUACCAAACGGCACUGUUGCUUGCAACCCUAGACUCCGUCGUCACGUGACGUGCAAGACGCCAACACUCGAUGCACAAUAUAGCAGCGUCUACUCCCUUUUUACCCAACAGCCGAUCACAGUGUCAAGAAGAAGAAUAAGGGACAAGAUGGGUAAAGAUUCAAAAGGGACAAAAGUUAGUUCUACGUCGGCUCGUUUGAAGCUAGAGGACGAAGCGUCGUACACCAAAGAUUUUGCCUUGCUGAUGACGAGUUUUUUAAUGAAAAUCGUCGGUCUCUGGCUAACGAACAACAAGAAAGAAGAACGUACACGUCAGUUAACUUUGAUGUACACCGUAGUCGCGAUCCUGUUUGGUGUGUGGGUGCAGUUCAGGGACUUUUACUACUCGUGGCCGAAAUUUGGCGAUUGUGCUUACACGGCUUGCAAUAUUUUAUGCCUCAUUAUGGUAUUACUGAAAUUGUCCGUCGUAUUUAUACACAAGAAAGAAUUCAUCGAGCUGCUUGUGUACACGCACAAGAAUUUUUGGCACACGAAUUACAAUUACAACGAGCUAUUGUUGUUGCAAAACUGUAGAAAGAUUUCCAUCGUGUGUAUCUCUUUGAUCAAUGUUUGUGCUCAAGGCACGGUCUUCGGCUACGUGCUAACGCCUAUCGUAGAAAACAUUGGAAGAAACAAUUCGGAUAGAAUUCUGCCAUUUAGAAUGUGGCUCGAUCUACCAUUGAGUGUGACACCAUACUACGAAAUACUAUUCGUGCUUCAGGUUCUCUCUUUGUACCACGUUGGUAUAUGUUACAUUUGUUUCGACAAUCUUUUAUGUCUGAUAAAUCUGCACGCGGCCACUCAAUUUCGUAUAUUACAAUACAGGUUAUUGUACUUGGGUGAAACGAUUGAAAAGCAACCGAACGAGUACGCUAUCAAAGCGACCUUGCCGUCAGAUUACUUGAAAAAUUAUCACACGGUAUUUAAAUGUCGCGUUAGAGAACAUCAAGACCGAAUUAAUUAUUGUCAGAGACUAAACAAUAUAUUUACGUACAUCGUUCUUGGACACAUAAUUGUCUUUAGCCUUUUACUGUGUCUGGUUGGUUUCCAGGUGCUUAUGGCAAAUUCACCUCCUACGCGGCGACUGAUUUUCGUAUUCCACAUAGUGGGCAGUUCCAGCCAGUUAUUACUGUUCACGUACAGUUGCGAUACUCUGAUACGAGAAAGCACGAAUAUUGGAACUGCUGUUUAUUCUGGCCCCUGGACCCAUCUAACGAUGGACAGAAUUGGGAAAUUACUACGAAAGGAUCUGACAAUGAUCAUCGUGAGAUCGAGUAAGCCUUGCUGCUUAACUGCCAGCGGGUUCUUUCCUGUCUCUCUGGAAACUUGUACCAAGGUGCUGAGUACCGCGAUGUCAUACUUCACUUUAAUGAGACAAUCUUUCACUAAUUAA